UCCAGCAAGCCACCAUUCUCGUUCACUGUCCUAAUUCUAAUGGCGAUAGAUAGCUCGCCUAGCAAGCAGCUAUUAGUUAAAGAAAUUUACAAGUGGGUUGAAACAAACUUUCCUUACUAUAAUCGAGCCCGUAAAGGAUGGAAAAAUUCUGUAAGACAUAACCUGUCAUUAAGUAAAUGCUUCACAAAAGUAGAGAAAGAUAAAAGCACCGGAAUGGGCAAGGGUUCUUACUGGACAAUCAACCCUGCCCACUCGGUCAAUUUAUCUCAAGCCUUUCGAAAGACUGGCCAACAUCCGUACCAUCAGGUG